AUGCCGACUCCCAAUACCAAAAAACUUCUAGUCUCCUUAACGAUCUGUGCAUGUCUGGGACUGGUGCCGUUCUAUACGGUUAUCCAGUCGUUCACAAAAUACGAUGAAGUGACGGCAGGAGACUUGGCUGAUAUGUACAACAAAGAUGUCUACACGGAACGAAUGCAGGUUCAAUCCAGACGGAGACCCAAAGAGACCGAUGUAGCUGCAUUUCUCAUUAAGAACGGUACACGUAAAGUCUUCCUAGACUGUGGAGCCAAUGUGGCAUCAUCCGUGCAACUAUUCAAAGAGACUUACCCUGGAGGGCGAGACUACGAGAUCUACUCCUUCGAGAUCGAUGGGCGACUUGCUCCGUACUUCAGUCCCUACAUCAAACACCACUUGUAUUGUCCAGUCGGUGUAGCAUCUGAAAAUGGUAAUGUGACGGCGUAUCUGGAGUCCGUUUGGGCGCCAAACAAGGGACUGAAUAAUGGCCGUGACAUGCAGUGGGGCGGUGGGACUCUCUUUGCAAACCAAGGAGAGAUUGAGGACACGGAAACAGGUGGUAAACGUAAACUUUCAACCCGGUCAGUAAUUCCUACCAUCGACCUCGCACGGUGGAUCAAGGAAACGUUCUCCGUAGACGACUACGUCAUUCUAAAGCUUGACGUUGAGGGCGCUGAAUUCAGCAUAUUGCAGAGAAUGUUGGAGCUUGGAACUUUUAAAUACAUCGACAAGCUUUACGGAGAAUACCAUAACAAUCAACCAACUGGCUGGUCCAGGGAGACUGCAAACAAACUAGUGCUCGAUGUCGGCAAUGCAGGCUUUGUCUUAAAGAACUGGGAAGCUGACCGUAAUACAUACAGUGACUUCGAGAGCAUCCACCCACCCGAAGUUCCCCACAACACGCCUGGAAAGGCUGGCGAAGUAUAUUCCACUUGCAGGGAAGAUUUUGUCUCACUGGUCGUAGCUAUCGGUAUGAACCACAAGCGAGCAAACAAAGUUGUUUCAACACUCCGAGCUUACCCGGUAAAACUGCCCAUCACUCUGUUUGUCCACGGGGACUUUGUGGACCAGUUUCCGGGGACAGUGAAAGCGUGGUCCGGUCGUUUCCAGAUCGGCAUCCGAGAGGAUGGACACUACUCCAAGCGGUACCUUGACACGAUGCCCAGUGCCCUCAUCGGGCGAAGUUUGGUUAGUUCAAUCUUGAGACUCCGGGAACUGGGGCUCAAGACGGCGUAUUACUGGCCGGCGGUCAACGGGAGUGUCUUGAAUAAGUUUAGGGCGAAGGCAAAAGACCGUGGGCUGCGAGUCGUCAUACCAUCCGUGGAGUUUCCAGAUAAUAUGGGUGCAGAGUUGACUAUGGAAAACUAUUACCGCUACAGAGACGUGGAACGGGUACCGAGAGCUCUUAGAAUGAUCCACGGGCAACUGGCUCAUUUCCACGGCGGUAUCCUGGGCUUGGACUCGGACUGUCUCGAUACUUACAUGAUAUCAGUUUUCUUGAUGGACUAUCUCACUGAAGCCUCUGGUUUUACUUUAGUAGAUGUAGAUCAAUGUGUAAGAGAUCAUGAUAGCGGGGAGAAAGGUGUGCACUUUGAUGUUUGGGCUCAUUGA